CACGAUCCCAAUUGACCUGGUCUGGCUGGAGCUCUCACGAGAUCUCGACUCGCCCUCUGCCAGAUCAGUCGACAAUAACGACUUGACUGGACUAGCCACCCGGCUGGACACACGCCCAUUGCAGCCAGUCGCCAUGUUGGCCCCAAGCAGAGGGCGCCUCGCGCACGCCGCCGCCGCCGCCUCCGUGCCGAACGCUGCAGUAACAGCGACCAUUCCAAGCUUCCUCGCGCCAGCGCUCUUCCAGCAACAGAAGCCUGCGGGCCGUCAACAAUUUUCUCAAACCGCCUCACAGUCCUCCAAGCUUGGCCGUACGCCCAUAUCGAUACCACCGGGCGUCGAGCUCAUCAUCGGGGAGCCAGUGGUCAAGAAGGACCCGACAACAUACCUCCAGAUCCCCAAGCGGACAGUCACCGUUAAGGGCCCUCUCGGCGAGCUGGGCGUGCCUAUCCCACCGUAUCUCAAGAUCGACCAUGACGUUGAGGCACGCAAGGCUGUGCUCAGCAUUGAGGACAAGUCAAUCAAGCAGCAGAUGGAGAUGUGGGGCACGACUUGGGCUUUCCUAACCCGCGACAUUAUUGGCGUGUCCGAGGGCCACACCGCGAUUCUGCGUCUCGUCGGUGUCGGUUACCGUGCGACAAUCGAAGAGCGACCCCGCAAAGCGGCCUUUCCCGGCCAGAAGUUCGUCUGCCUCAAGCUCGGAUUUACGCAUCCUGUGGAAGAGCCCGUCCCCAUGGGCAUGAAGGCCAGCACACCGCAGCCGACCCGCAUUCUGCUCGAGGGCAUCAACAAGGAGCAGGUUAUGUCGCUGGCAGCACGGAUACGGCACUGGCGCCGCCCGGAGCCGUACAAGGGCAAGGGCAUCUUUGUCAACGAUGAGACAAUCAAGCUCAAGCAGAAGAAGAUCAAAUAGACGUUUCGCGCGUGGGCUUUGGCGAGAAGAAGACCACUGGGGAAUUCCCCAUGGUGGAUGUACUGUAUAUCUGUAUCGAGGACGCAUCUGCAUUGUACAUUACGGCUUGGGUCACCGAGGGCGUCCAUGGAUAGCCUUUGGCACGCUCUGAGAACCUGACACCGAUA